AUGGGAAAGAGAAAGUCAAGUGCAAAGCCGCCCCCCAAGAAGAGAAUGGAUAAACUGGAUACCGUAUUUUGCUGCCCAUUCUGCAACCAUGGAAGCAGUGUCGAGUGCAGGAUGUAUGUCUCGUGUGCAAUUAGUUAAUGAAUUGAUAUAUGGCGACUUAACUGGAUUAUAUUUUCAACUCAACAAUGUGCGUGAUUUUUUGCUUGAUUUUGUGUGCUAAUUUUCCAUUUUUUUUACUACUCCCCAGUGACAUGAAGAAUUUGAUUGGUGAAGCCUCGUGCAGAAUAUGCCAGGAGAGCUUCAGCACAACUGUCAAUGGUAUGCUUCUAUUUAUGGGGGGUUUUAUAAUGUCAUCCACAUACUACAAGAGGUUUGCUAGCAGUUGUCAUCUUCUGAUCAUAAUUUUGUGAGCCCAAGUGUAGUUUGCUCUUGGCAUCUUGUGGUCAUAAUCUAAUAUUCUCGGGUUAUUGUUUGGAUCACAUUAACACUCAUAUUAACGGGUCAAUCAAAGGAAUCAAACUCUUUAACUUUCCUCAUUCAGAUCUCUGAUUGAACCGAAAUAUAGAUUACACUUCAUAUUGUCUUAUAUCCUAUUGGUGGCAAACCAUAAGCAUUGACUUAUUUAUCUUCUUACUACGUUGCAGCUCUCACUGAACCCAUUGACGUGUAAGUGAUCAACAUUCGCUGCAACUGGGUUGGAACUCGGUUCUACCAAAUAUAGAAAACAUCACGCUGAAUCCAAUCUAAUGAUUUUUACAGGUACAGCGAGUGGAUAGAUGAAUGUGAAAGAGUCAACAACCUUGAGGAUGAGGCAGCCUAG